CACACAGAGAGGGGGAUAGAGAGCCCGAUAGACAGUACAUAGUAGUGGGGUAGCUACAUUGGCAGCGGCAAGUAUGAGAUAAGUUUCCUGGGUGAGCUAGGCUGGUUGGCAGCCGUCGUCGCACUCUCGGAGAAACAACUUAACCCGGUGGACGUCGAGAAGUCGCUGGGAGACAGCCCGUGUUACUGGAAUAACUGGUGGAUACAACACGGGGGCUUUUUGUUUUCGGGACACAGCAGAGCGGCGGCAGGAGCGCGGCGAGUGCUUUGGCGGCGGUCCCGCUGCUAGCGAAACAUGAACAAAAGCCACCGAGUGCCGAGCAACCGUUCCCUGAGUGCCGUGGAGGUGAAGAGCAAGUUUGGUGCAGAGUUUCGUCGGUUCUCGCUGGAUCGGUCAAAGCCGGGCCGCUUCGAUGAGUUCUACGGCCUCCUGCAGCACGUGCAUCGCAUCCCCAACGUGGACCUGCUGGUGGGCUACGCUGACGUCCACGGCGACCUGCUGCCCAUCAACAAUGAUGACAACUACCACAAAGCCAUCUCCACUGCCAGCCCUCUGCUCAGACUGUUCCUGCAGAGGAAAGAGGAAGCCGACUACACGUUUGGCACCAACUCGCUGACCAGGAAGAAGAACACCGUGCUGUCCGCGGUUCUCCUGCGGCCCGACGCCAACAGGAAGAAACCACCGGUGCUCAUCAGCCUCCCGAGGGACUUCCGCCCUGUCUCCUCCAUCAUCGAUGUGGACAUCCUCCCUGAGACGCACCGGCGCGUUCGCCUUUACAAGCACGGCCAGGAGAAGCCGCUGGGCUUCUACAUCCGCGACGGCUCCAGCGUGCGGGUCACUCCUCAGGGCCUGGAGAAGGUCCCGGGGAUCUUCAUCUCACGAAUGGUGCCCGGCGGGCUGGCGGAGAGCACCGGCCUGCUGGCGGUCAACGAUGAAGUGCUGGAGGUGAACGGCAUCGAGGUGGCCGGGAAGUCUCUGGACCAGGUGACGGACAUGAUGAUCGCCAACAGUCACAACCUCAUCAUCACUGUCAAGCCCGCCAACCAGCGGAACAAUGUUGUUCGCACUGGAGGAGGAGGAGGAGGCGGCGGCGGCACGGCGUCUGGUAGCUCAGGCCGCUCAUCGGACAGCGGCGCCAGCUACUACGGCUACUCGGCGCUCAGUGGGGUCGGCGCCGCGGCCUCCGCUCCAUCGCACAUCAUCCAGAACUUCCCCGCCGGGGAGCUGGAGAGCGACGAGGACGACGAGGACUUGGUGAUCGAGGUGGGCGGCGAGGCCGAGCCCAUCAGGCGCACCCUGUCCAACUACAGCAUGCCCUCACUGCCUCGCUACGAGCCGCACCUCAACCUCCGCGCCGCCUCUGCCCUCUCCAUCAACGCCAACGGAUUGCUGCCGGCCAGCGGCAGCAGCGGAUCACUCAGCAACGCCAUCGCCCCUUCGACCACGCCGCCCCCAGACAGGGCAACUAAGAGGCGGAGUCUGGAGGAGGAGGGCACUGUCAUAACUCUGUAGGAAGGGACUAAAACACUGGAAACCAGAGACAAACGUCUCCUCACACGUGUAGGAGUCAUGCUAGUCGGCUAAUCCCACACGGGAACAUCCUGCACCCUCGUUCAGAGACUGUACCUGAGAAGCACAACGUGUACCCAUUACAUCCUACGUCACUGACCCGGCGUGUUUGUACAUCCUAACAUUUCCACGUCAAACGCUCCACACUUUUCUCCUCUACAUGCCAAUAACCACGCAUGUGUGCCAUAGUGGUGACCACACACACACACACACACACACACACACACACACACAGAGAGUUCUGCAGGCAUAGAAAUGUCAGACAAAAAAGUGUAGAAGUGUAAUUUGAUGCACCCUCACCCUUCACUUCACUUCUAAACCACUAAGCACUUGUUUUGCACCUGUAAGCUGUUGUUACGCUGAGCUUCCACAAGAGGGCAGAGAUGUCCAUCCUCGUCAUCAGUCUAUGAAUAUAUGAAGUUAAUCUCCCCCUCUAGUAACCAACACACACUGAAGUAGGAUGUUAGCUCAAAGCGUUUGUUGACAAUCUGUGGCUGUUUUUUCUUUUUGCCUCCCCCGCCCCCCCAGGUGACCACAGCAUGCAACCGGUAAACGGUUGCACUACUUAUUUUUUUUUUCUGAGCAAUCGUCCGACCGCUAAGAUCUGCAAUAUUACUGUAGUUUUUAAACGAGGG